AAAAACUCUAAAUACUCCUAAGCUUAAACAUUUUUCUCUCUUCUCCAACUCUUCCUAAAUCCUACUCUCUACUCUCUAAUUAUCUUCAUCUUCUCAAAUUCUCUUAUUCUCCAAUAUAUUAUAUAUCUACUUAUAUUAUUUAUCUACUUAUUAAUACAUAUAUUAUAUUACUUAUAUUUCUUAUCUACUUAUAUAGUUAUAUAUUAAUUAUCUAUUUAUAAAUACAUAUAUUAUAUUACUUAUAUUUGUUAUCUACUUAAUCUCUACUUAUUAUCUACUUAUUAUCUACUUAUAUCUACUAAAUACAUACAUAUUACAAUUUAUAUCUACUUAGUUCGAAUUGUUAGUACAUUUUAGUACGAAUUAGUACAUUUUAUAUAAUACUUUGAUUGUUAGUACAUAAAAUAAUUCUUAGUACGAAUUAAAGUUAGAAUUGUUAGAAUUUUAUUUCAUUAGUUCGAAUUGUUUUUAUAAAUUAAUAUUUGUUACAUUUUUAAGAUGGAAGGUGGUAGAUAUUCGGUUGAUAUGGGUAAUCUCGACCGCAACCGAACGAACGAGCUUGCGAGGAAGAGAUCCCGCAAAGGUAAAUGACAUAUCAGCUCUUCAUCUCAAAGCCGAGAUGAUUUUGAUACAGGUUACGCAAGGAAGGAUGGGGAUGCGAUGAUCGACGAACAACUAAAACAAGAAUUGCAUCGACAUAAUAGUUGGUUUUUUUAAGACCAGGCGACCAGCCGAGGACCAUUGAUGAAGAAGAGCUCGAGGACGACAAUGUGGAGGAAGUAAUUCCGGAGAGCCACGACGCCGAUGAGGAGGAGGGUGGUGGCAACCACGACGUCGACGAGUCUGCCUCAUCCCAAACCGGUACGAAAAAAGUAAAUCUGAACUAAUGCUUAAUAAUUUUGAUAAGUGGAAGGACCCGAACACCGGGAAUUGGAACGCAACUUGCAAGUGGUGCAAGAAAAAUUAUAGCUUGGGCAUUUCCGGCGAAUACGGAUCCGCCGCAAGGCAUCUUAAGGCCAAAUACACGGUGGAGUAUGCAAAACAUCAAAAUUAGGCGGCGGAAAGGGGAAGCAAACUCAAAUAUCGAGGUUUGCUAAUAACCAACAACCUUUUGGUAAUUUCUCAUGCAAUGAUGCACAAAAUUUGACUGGUAUGACUAACUUACUUGUUGAAAAAAAUAUGUCUUAUUUGUUUUCUGAAAGUCUUGCUUUCAAAGAUUAUGCACAAACUUGUUUAAAUUCUCAAUAUAGAGGUUAUAGUCGCAAAACGGUUAAGAAAGAAAUUUUAAGGCUUUAUAGUGCAGAAAAGGUAAUGUUACAAAAUUAUUUUGCAAACUUUGAUGGGUGUGUUCUGACAUAUGGGAGGAUACUUAUCAUAAUUUACAUUAUUUGGGUCUGAUUGCAUAUUACAUUGAUAAUGAUUGGAAUAUGCAUAAACGUGUUCUUGCUUUUCAUGAAUUUAAUGAUCGUCACACCGCUGAACAUAUUUAUAUUUUGAUUGAACGUAUUUUAAUUGAGUAUAAUUUGAAUGAUAAGGUGUUUGCUAUUGGUUUUGAUAAUGCUACUAAUAAUACUGCUGUUAUUCUUAGAUUGCGUGAAAUAUGUGGUGUUACUUCUUUGAUGGGUAGAUUUUUUCAUCAACGAUGUGCAUGUCAUGUUCUAAAUUUAUGUGUGCAAGAUGGUCUAAAAGCGUUAGGAGAUUCUAUGGAGGUAGUCAAAGGGGGAUUAGACGUAUUUGGGGUAGUGGUCAACUUAGAAAAAAAUGGCAUGAUUAUUUGAUAGAAAGAGGUGUGAAAUAUGUGGCUUUUCCUAAAGAUUUGUCUAUUCGUUGGAAUAGUACUUAUAAGUUAAUGACAGUUCUUCUUAGAUAUAAAGAACAUUUUCCUGCUUUUUUAAAACAAUAUGAUAACUAUAUUAUAAACUCGGCUGAUAUCGACACUUGCGAAAAAAUUUGUAAUACAACAACAACAUCCAAGCCUUAGUCCCAAAAGAUAUUGGGGUCGGCUGCGAAAAAAUUUGUAAUGCUUUGGUAUAUCUUUUUAAUGCAAUUGAAACUUUUAGUCAUGUUUAUAAACCUAUCUCAAACCAAUUUAUUCGUGAAGCUGUUAAUCUCGCCGAUGCUUUUGCAGAAUUUGAGAAUGCCGCUUAUGUGAGUUAUUUUGCUGACUUUAUGAAGGAAAAGUUUUUAAAAUAUUAUGCACAUAUUCCGCAUAUUUAUGGUAUUGCAUUUGUUCUCGAUCCUCGUUUUAGACUUAGUUCUUUAGAAGAAUGUUUGAACUAUUAUUAUGCCGCUUUUUAUGGUCCUCUUCCAAUGUAUGACGAUAACGCAAUUGAUCCGAAAAAAGAAUACAACGAGGUUAGUGAUAUAUUUUAUGCAUUAUUUAAUUAGUUUCAUGCACAAUAUGGCAACGCGCCCCCUCCCCUGACACAGACAUCUUCAUCUAAAGGAAAAUCAAUUUUGAAAUCUACAUUUGCCAAUCUUAUUAAAAAAAUUAAAACAACUCCCGCUACUCAACAAAGCACAAUUAAUGAGAUUUCUUUAUAUUUAACAUAUGAUGUUGAUUUUGAAGAAGAUGAUGAUUUUGACGUUCUAAACUGGUGGAAGGGAAAAGAAAGAAUGUUCUCGGUUUUAGCAAAGAUGGCUAAGCAGUGCUAUCAAUGCCGGUUUCAACAGUUGCCAUGGAACAAGAAUUUAUUUCGGUCGGCAAUGUCGUAACGUAAUCUACAACGAGGUUGAGCGCAGAAUCUUUUGAGACGCUUAUUGCUACCAUGAUAAGUUGAAGGCGGCCCGUAGAGCUCAAGAAAUUGGCAUCACCCCAUCUCAAAACUUUAUGGAUGAAUCAACCGAGGGUGGCUCUACCUAUGCCGGAGAUUCCGAUUGAUUAGUAUUUCAUGUUUUAAUUUUUCCUUCAAUUCUCUAUUGUAACUUGUAAACUUGUGUAGUUUAUAUUUCUAAAUUCUAAUAAAUAUACGUUCAUUU